UUUGUCAUUUGUUUCCCGAAAUGGCUCCCCCACAAGUCAAGUACACACAGUUGUUCAUCAACAAUGAGUUUGUGAACUCGGUCAGUGGGAAAACCUUCCCUACCAUCAACCCACAGACAGGAGAAAAGAUAUGCGACAUUCAGGAGGGAGACAAGGCCGAUGUGGACUUGGCAGUGAAGGCCGCUCGUGAGGCAGUCAAACUCGGGUCGCCAUGGCGAACGAUGGAUGCUCAGGACCGCGGCAAAUUGAUGCAGAAGUUGGCCGACCUGUUUGAAAGGGAUGCAGAGCACAUUGCUUCCUUAGACACCCUGGACAAUGGCACGCUGUACACGACUAUGUACGGCUGUGUUCAAGGGUCGGUGGAGGUACUGCGUUACUUUGCUGGUUGGGCUGAUAAGAUCCACGGCAAGACCAUACCGAUCAAGGGUGACUUUUUCUGUUACACGCGUCAUGAGCCAGUAGGUGUGUGUGGUGCCAUCAUACCAUGGAACUUCCCCGCUGAGAUGCUGAGUUGGAAGCUUGGUCCCGCCCUCUGUUGUGGGAACAGCUUAAUUAUCAAACCAGCUGAGCAGACCCCACUCAGUGCUUUGCACAUUGCUUCAUUGAUCAAAGAGGCUGGUUUUCCGGCCGGAGUUGUCAACAUUAUUCCCGGCUAUGGCCCGACUGCAGGAGCCGCCAUCUCUGAACACAUGGACGUUGAUAAAGUGGCCUUCACUGGCUCUACUGAGAUUGGGAGGCUGAUCCAAGCAGCAUCUGGGACCAGCAAUCUGAAGCGUGUUUCCUUGGAGAUGGGAGGCAAGAGUCCCAACAUCAUCUUUGCUGACGCAGACUUGGAUUACGCCGUCGAGGAGAGUCACGAGGCGAUCUUCUUCAACAUGGGGGAGUGUUGCUCAGCUGGGUCCCGUACCUUUGUCCAGGAAGGCAUCUAUGAUGAGUUUGUCAAGAAGAGUGUUGAGCGAGCCAAGCGUCGCGUCGUCGGUAAUCCGUUUGAAGAGAAGACAGAGUCAGGGCCUCAGAUUGAUCAGGACCAAAUGGACAAGAUUCUAUCGUACGUCGAGAUUGGUAAGAAAGAAGGAGCUAAGUUAGAGUGCGGAGGACAGCGCAUCGGUGACAAGGGAUACUUCGUCCAAUCCACCGUCUUCUCAAAUGUGACCAAUGAAAUGAGAGUGGCUCAGGAAGAGAUCUUUGGCCCAGUUCAGUUGCUCAUCAAAUUCAAGACACUGGAUGAAGUUCUGGAGAAGGCUAACAACACUCAGUAUGGUUUAGCUGGAGGGGUUUUCACUAAGGAUAUCGACAAGGCUCUGACGAUCGCUAAUAGCCUACAAGCUGGCACCAUCACGGUCAACAACUAUUCUGGAGGUGGGGCUAAUGCUCCCUUCGGUGGGUACAAGAUGUCUGGCAUUGGACGUGACCUUGGAGAAGAUGCUCUGCAUGAGUAUUAUCAAGUCAAAACUGUCAUUGUGAAGGUGCCAGUGAAGAACUCUUAGAUCUUCCAAUCUUGGACUUCAGAUCAGUCCAGUCUUGCAAACAUGUAAACGUUUGCCAAACACAAAAUGACUGCCAUCCAGCACAGUGCGUAUUUCUAAGCAAUAUUUUUUUCACUUAUGAAGCCACAGAAAUGAUUAUUGAAUUUCCGAGAGCAUUUGCCUCAAUGAGAAUAAUUUCAGCCAAAUAAUCUUGCUUUAGACUUGCUCAGUGCUUCGCCUAGUUAUUACAUUUUGUUUGAAGUUUUGACGACGUUGAUAACUGUUUCUUCAUUACUAAUGUCUUUAACACCACAUGUAUACUGUAGAAUGCAGCAUUUAACUCUCCCAACACGACGCAAUUUUAUUUUGUCUCUUUUGUUGCAAAUAAAUUUUAUUUUGAAGUUUGAUAUUUUCUUCAAUACCAACUCUUUUAACAAAAUUAAUAGCUUGCUGUUUUGCUUUAUGUACAACAAUAAUUAUAAAUUGUGUCUGUUGUUUAACCUUUAUAGCAGAAUCCAUGAUUUCCUGUAUUGAUUCAAGUUUGCCAAAUUGUACCUUCUGAUACAAUAAUAUAUUUUAUUUUCAAAUUCUCAGUAAGAAAUGGUUGAGGAAAAGUAAAAAUAAAUCUAUUUGAUUCUUUCAGAUAAUGGAUUUCACGAUUGUGCCAGUUGCUCAAACAUUUUAAUUAGAAUUCUCGUAUUCUUAAUCAUUUAUAUUUUGAAGAUUUUGUCACAAGUAUAAUCAUGUAAUUUGUAAUCGAGAGCUAGUAAUGCUCCGUUUGGUUUGAUAAUAAUCAACUGAAAUUCUGUGAGACAGAAUUGUGAUAUUUGUAUGAAAGUGAUUUGUCUAGAUCCUAAUUAAACUUGAAAUAAUGUCCCACACUUGCAAAUUCGUGACCUAAAAAGAAAUAGUCAUUGUUGGACCGUUUCAAUUAUUUCAAUAUAAACAGACCAGGUUGGUAUUAUGUAAGCUAAUGACUAUGUGAACAGUAUAAAGAUAGAUUAUAAUCUUUGGCCAUAGUACAUCACAGCAUAGUGAAAAAUAUGCAUCAACCUUUUUCCAGUGAUAUGAAACAUUGUGAAGUGGUGAUAUGUUUGUUCAUUUUUAACAAAAUUAUUUUUUUUUUUAAUUAUUAUAUAUCCAGCUUCAAUCUGUUAAAACAGUUCUAUAAAAGCCAAAAUAUUAUGUCUGUUUUGAUAUAAUAGAGAUCAGAUUGUGAAUCGGAUGUCGUAACUGAUGCUUUUUGAAAGAGUUUGUUAUACUUCUCAGAAGAAAAACAGAGAAAAGCAAGAAAACAUACAUAAAUAUCUGUAGUUUCAUUUUGUUCAAUAAACAUUUCUUUCAAGGCUAAA